AUGGUCGCCGUCGGUCGCGUUCCCGCUCCAGAGACCGACGUCACCGCCGCUCGCGCACGCCCUCUCGCAGCCGUAGAACUCAGCAUGGGAGAGAAAAACGUAAAGAGAAUAGAUCUCGAUCUUCUAGUCGGACUCGUAACGACCAAAUAUCGCAAGCAGAUAACUCUAAGUCGCCAUCAAAGACCUAGCCCUAGACAGUCGAUUCCCCAGACUGCAACCGAUAAUCCUCCCCAAGAGUCUACUGAGCCUGUUUGGGAUGGUUCAAAUGACAUGGAGGAGCCGAAUACGCCAGACAUUACGGAAGACCAUCCGCCUGAAAAUCAGUCAUUGCCAAACACAUCCGAGGCGGGCUUGUCCUUCGAACAAUCAGAUAACAUGCCUCCAGGGCUUGCAGUUGCACUUAUGUUAAGGAAUCGUCCACCGCCGCCACCACAACCCCAAGCCCCUGACUUUGCAAACUGGCAACAACCUAAUCAACGUUUUUUGAACAGACCAACCCCACCUGCUGUUCAGCCUAAUGGAAGUGCUCAGUUCUUACCUAACCCUUUUACUCCAGCUGGCGCUCCUUUCCAAGGGGUUUUUCCUGCUCAAAAUUUUUAUCCACGAGAAAUGAGUGCUUCAUUCAUCCCCCAACGGCCUGCCCUCAAUACGGCUUUUCAAGGGGCCCAAGCUAAUCGUUUUCCUGUUACUGUUUCUCGGUCACAAAUUCUGGCGAUGGGAGGCAUGGUUAACCCGCUCAUGCCUCCUGUUAAUAUGGCGUUUGGUAGUUUGAUAACUCAGCCACCCCCACCUCCUCCGCUGCCACCCCACCUUUCUUGUGCCUACUCGGCUCCACCGCCACCUCCAUUCAUACCCUUCCCACAACCUCCUCCUAUCGCUCCCCCAAUUUCGCCUUCAGUCUCAUCUGUACCACAGCAGUUCCAACAGAGGCCGCAAUCGGAUUUAGCAGAAACCCAUUUUCAGCCUUCCGACCAAAACGCGUUACCUUCUCCCCAACAGCCAUCGUUUGCUGAUCCGUCAUCAUGCGAAGCACCUCCCAGUAACUUAUUGGAGACUUUGAUGAGUCAAGCUGGACUUCCAACUGACAGUCUGAAUAGAAUUAACUCCACACAAGGUGCAUCAGAAAAGAUGGUUCUUCCGGAUGCUCUUGAUGACAAGUCUCCUAUGAAAAAGAUAAAUAAUCUUCUUAAUACGGCUGCAAAUACUCUCCUGACGCAUUUGAGUGAAAAGCAGAGGACAAAUAACGACAGCCCACCACCUCCCCCUCCGCCUCCAUUACCCCUUCCUAGUCAUACUUUAGAAAAAGAUGGCAACAGCGCAGGCAAAAAUUCCGAUUCUUUCAAUCGCUCACCAAAACCAGGUUGCUCGUUUACUAAAGAAGCGAAUGUCCUGCAUUUCCUGACUGCCUUUACUUCGGCCAAAUUCCCCGUUCAUACCCUGCGAUUUGUCCCACCUUCAUGCGUUACGCGCUUUGAAGGGCUGCCGUGUUUCAUGGAAAGUCAGCUGGAGGUUAUAAAAGCACAGUUGCGUCUACGAUGA